AUUAUGCAAAUUAGCGUCAUUCCGACAUUUACCUCGCCUGUGUUAUCUCACUCAUAUCACCAUGUCGGCAGAUUCUCAAUAUGCUGGUUAUGGCGCCACCCAACAGUCGUAUGGGUAUGGAGCCACUACUGGAUAUCAGCAGCAAGCAGCUCAACCUGCAGCUACCAGUGGUUACCAACAACCAGGACAGUAUGCAGCGCAGGGAUAUGGUCAAGCAGCAGCCCCUGCACCAGCAGCUGUAGCGGCAGCAGCACCCCAGGCCUCCACUGGGUAUGAUUAUUCUCAGCAACCUCAAGCCCAAGGUCAACAAGCAUACUCCUCCACCACAUACGCUACUCAGCCAGCGGCACAGCAGCAACCACAACAGUCAUAUUCUACUGGCUUCAGUCAACAGAGCACUGCCAGCACAGGAUAUGCCCAGCCCCAAGCAGCCCAAGCAGCACAGCCAGCCUACAGCCAGCCGGCUGCUGGCCAGUCAAGCUACAGCCAACCCCCAGCCCAGCCGCAGACCCAGGGCUACCAACAGCAGAGCCAGCCAGGAGGUGGUGGUUACAGCCAAGGUCAGUCUGGUGGUGGUAGUGGUGGUGGAUAUCAAAGUGGUGGUGGUGGUGGUGGUGGUGGACAGUAUGGUCAAGAUCAGCCACAAGGUGGUUAUCAACAACAGAGUUCGGGAGGCUACAGCCAACCACAAGUCCAGCAGUCAGGUGGUUACCAGCAGCAGCAGCAGCAGAACACUGGAGGGUACAGCCAACCGCAAGGCCAGCAGUCAGGUGGUGGUGGUAGUGGUGGUGGCUACCAACAAGGUGGUGGAUAUCAACAAGGCGGGUUCAACCAGCGACCUGGAGGGCCUGGGCCACAAGGUGGUGGUGGUGGGGGCGGAUACAGACCCCCUCCUCAGGGUGGGCCAAGUGGUGGCGGAGGUGGAUAUAACCGAGGUCGGGAUGAUGGCGGCCGUGGAAGCGGUGGUUAUGGAGGACGUGGCGGUCGUGAUGGUGGAUUUGGUGAUCGCGGUGGCGGCAGGGGUGGAUUCAAUAAGUAUGGUGGUGAUGGUGGCGGAGGAUUUGGCGGCAGAGACUCUGACAACGGAUACAACAAAGGAGGAGGAGAGAUGGAAGUACAACACGACACCGUUUUCAUCAGUGGGAUGCAGCCAAAUGCUGUGGAUGAAGGCAAGAUCAAAGAACACUUUGGACAAAUCGGUAUCAUCAAGCUUGAUAAGAGAACCCAGAAGGAUAGGAUCUGGAUCUACAGGAACAAGCAAACACAUGAACCUACAGGAGAGGCCACAGUUACCUAUGAUGAUCCCCAUACUGCCACAUCGGCUAUUGAAUGGUUCAAUGGCAAGCCAUUCGCAGGCGGUACCAUCAAAGUAGAACUAGCACAGCGUCCAGCCAACCGAGGUGGAGGUCGCGGCGGAGGUCGCGGCGGCGGUGGUGGAAGGGGCUUUGAUAGGGGUGGACGAGGUCGUGGUGGCAUGGAUAGGGGAGGCCGUGGUGGCGGCGGACGUGGAGGAGGAAGGGGAGGACCCGGCGGAGGUGGAGGCUCACACCGAGAUGGAGAUUGGGAAUGCUCUGAUUGUGGCAACAAAAACUUUGGAUGGCGACAAAGCUGUAACAGAUGUUCAACUCCCAAGGAAGGAGGUGGUGGUGGUGGCCAAGACAUGGGUGGCGGCAUGAGAGGAGGCCGCGGUGGUGGAUUUCGUGGUCGCGGUGGUGACCGGGGCGGUCCUGGUGAUCGCGGAGGCCGUGGAGGCUUUGGUGGUGAUCGUGGCGGUCGUGGAGGCUUUGGAGGACGAGGAGGUGGAUUCCGUGGUGGGCGUGGAGGACCAGGGGGUCCAGGCUUCAAGAUGGGCGGUGAUAGAAUGGGCGACAGGAGAGAUAGGAGGGAUAGACCUUAUUAAAUUCAUCCAGGCUUUAACCUGUGUAUAGAUGGACACUGCACAACUUAUCGUUUUUAAUGAAUAAAUGGAUCGAAAUCAACUUUUAAUCUCAUCAUCUACUGGGAAGUGUUGGAAGCUUCUGUGGGCAUCCAAACUUGUGAUAUUCGCUUUGUGCCAAGGCUGUAAAUAAUCUUAAAUGUGUACCUUUAUUCACUCAAAGUUCUCAAAUUCAUUGUCUUAUGUAAUUUGUUAUCUAUAUAGAAUCCGUCAAAACAGAAGUAGUUGUAAUCAUGGUUCGAUUUGAUACAAGUUUUUUUUAGGUGCACUUACAUGCCAAACAAAGCCAAAGUCGCUCUUGUUCAACUGUUGACCAGAUUCACAACUGCCAACUUUCCCUAUUCAUCAGGCACAGUCAUACUUUUGUAGAACAUCAGCAAUUUUUAUUUAAAAAAAUUUAGGGAGCUGUUGAGCAGAAAUCUAUUGUCAGUGUUGUAUAGAAAUUUCACGACUUUCACAAACCCCCCUCCCCCCUAUUCUUGACUGAAAUUGGCAGGUAUGAGAUAUUCGCCCCUUUUUUAAGAGGUUUCUUGCUUAUACAUGUAUUUGCAUUGGUAACAGAGAAAAUAUACUUUUUGCAUCACUACAUAAAAUGCAAAUAGAUUUCUUGUAAUACCAUGUGUGGGCAUCGAUCACUGAAGGAGCAAAAUCUGUUAUUUUCAGAAAUGAAUUACACAAAUUUUUAGGGAAUUUUUCUAUAAAAAGUGCUGAAUGUUUUUAUUCCAGUAACUACAGUUGAGCUUUGUUUUCAUGUAUAUUGUAACUGUUUUUUCCUUAUUUUUAAUAUGUCUUUGUUAAUGUUGGUUGUAGAUUAAAGUAAAAGUGGCUAUAUUCCUGAGAAAA